CAUUUCACUUCCGGUCCGGAUUGUCGCGCUUCCUCCUGUCGAUGUAAACAGAUUACUUCGCCGCUAUUAUACGAGCGGUUAAACAUUUCUGACAGUAUUUUUUUUUUUGCUUUUUUGAAUAAAUACUCGUAUUCACAAUGAAGAAGUUUUUCGACGACUUUAAAAAGGAAAUCAAAUUUAAAACAGCGGGACCAGGAAAGAAACUCACCGAGGAAAGCAGUGACAUCAUAAAGUAGUACCGUUGGGCCUUCUGACGUCACAACCUCUGCCGUCAAUUCUGGGUCGCUUGAUGAUGAUUUCCAUAAACAUGUGGGAAAGUGCCAAGGCUCCAGCAGUCCAGACGGUUAACCAGACAAAGCCUCGUUCUGCCCCUAAUGAAGGUGCACAGAGAGCUGGAGCUGCAGCGCUGGCACGGAUCGAGCAGCAGCACAAACCCCGGCCACAAACAUCACAGGACGCCAUCAGAAACCAGGUGAAAAGGGAGCUGGAGGCGGAGGCUGCAAUGGAACACAGAAAUGCAGACGUGGAGGCAUCCAAUGAUGCAGUGAAGGCGGCUGAGAGUUUUUCUGUUUCUGGAGUGUACUUCAUCUGCCCUCUGACCGGAGAAAUGUUAAAGAAGAGUGAGAGAGAAUCCUGCAUCAAGGAGGCCAUUCUUUUGCGAUUCUCUGAGAAUCCAGUGGAGGCUUCUGUUAUGAUGAUCCACACUUUUAACAAGGACAAAGAAAAAGUGAAGGUUGCCGUCGACAUCAUCAGCAAGUACAUUGAUAAUAUCUGUAAAAAUCCAACAGAGGAAAAGUAUAGGAAGAUUAAAGUCAGCAACAAAAUCUUCCAGGAGAAGGUGAGUGUGAUUGAGGGGAGCCGGGAGUUCUUGCAGGCACUGGGGUUUGAGAGCGUUGCGCUGCCAGUGGAUGGACAAGAGGACACCGAAGAGUUCUUUGUGUUGGCUGAGCAGGAUGCUGCAGCUCUGGAGCAGUUGAAAGAAAAGAAAGAGCAACUGCAGAAUGGACAACCGGUCCGAGCCAAGCUAGACCACCAGGUGCAAGCCUUCAGACCUUCACAGCAUGCAGCCCGCUUCGACCUGCCACCAGACUUUUACAACCUGACUGCAGAGGAGCUGAAACGAGAGCAACAGAUGAAAAGCGAGGUAGUCGAAAGAAACGCCAUGCUCCGGACAAAAGCCAUGCGGGAAAAAGACGAGCAACGGGAAAGAAGGAAGUAUAACUAUGCCCUGCUGAGAGUUCGCUUACCGGAUGGUAAUAUACUACAAGGGACCUUCUUUGCAUGGGACAAGGUAGCCGUGCUGUACCAGUUUGUGCGCGACUCCCUGGAGAACGGCUGGCAGCCCUUCGAGUUAAUCGGACCAGGAAGUCAGAAACUAAAGGACGAGGAUGUGGCAAUAAACGAAUGCAACCUUGUGCCUACAGCCUUGCUGACCUUCUCCUGGGACGCUGCAGUCCAAGCAGACAUUGCUGCUGCUGGAGGUCAAAGCAAUCCAGUGUUGAAGCCAGAACUGUUGAAGAAUUUAAAAAUCCUGAGCUGAACAUUUGACUGCUACCCUUGCUCUCCCUUACUGACGCUGCCUGGACUUCCUGUUCCCACUGUGCUUUUCUUUCCUGCUGGAGUGCACACCACCACCCCUGUGUUCAAUGAUCAGAAUGCUGAUAAGAAGAAGCAUUCACAAGUCAGUGCUGAAGCAACUGUGGCUCAUUUGGGCAGGAGAUCUAGCACUAUUGACUGAGCAAAUACAUUUAGUCCUAUCAGAUCGAAAAGAGUUUGUAUGAUGUGUUAAGAGUCUUACUUAAAUUCUAAAUAAAUAUUUAUAUUGCACUGUAAUUAAUAUUUAAUUCUCCAUGGCCCUGUCCACCCAUCAUUGACAGUAGGUCCAAGCUUUAUUGUACCUGAAAUUGACACUAUUCAGGCUAUAAGUAAAAAAAUUAUCACUUUUGGUUUAAAAAGUGAUCAAUUGUACUAGAUUUCAAUUGUCACUAUUUUCUUACUUGAUAAAAUUUCAUAUUUAAAAUGGAGUAAAUUUACAUUUUAAAACAAUAAAACAGGACAACAGUCUACCUCCUCACAAACUCAUUGUGAGCGAACCCUCAACACUAAAUAUGUAACUUGCUUGUUUGAGUUCCUUGCACACUGAUGUAUCAUUCACAGCUUGUUAGCUUUGUUUCCGUUAUUAAGCAAGAAUGUAUAAGAAUAUAAUGGGACCAGGUUCAUUUAUGUGCUAUACUGUGCAAAUUGUGUGCAUCUGCCUAAUUCAGUCUACUGUAAUAAAGUUUUUGGAUGCAUUAUC